CCCAGCCACCCACCCACCUCUCCCUCCAACGUCGCAUUGAAUUGCGCGAUGCUUCCCAAUCAGGAGGCUGCGCCGAGCCGCGCUGUUUACCCUAAAAAAAUGGAAGCGCUCUCACGUCAAGAGAAAGGCGUCAAUCGGGAGAUACACUUCUAAAUAGCCGAUUUUUAAACCCAGACUCGGUUGACACAUCUGGGGAGGGAUUUUUUUUUCUCUCUUCCCCCGACCAAAUUCACGCCCUCUCUCAGCGGUGCCUUAGCAGGACAGCUGUGUCAUCAACAACCGGCGUGGUUUUGUUGUUGUCUCAUCCGACAGCCGCUUGGCUUCGGGCCAGUCUGCUUCUGCGCUCGGAUUCGGCUUUAACGUCAAGGUGCGCCUUGUGACAACACGUCUCAUCAUCUCGGGCCUCCUUGUGUACCAUGAGCUCUGGUUCUGCCCAGGAUGUGGCAGUCGAGCAUUUUCUGCGUGACAUCGAGAGGCGGAGUAAACGGCUCCACUGUGCUGUGAUUGGCUGCGAGGUGGAACGACCCCGCAGCGACAUGAACCUGCUGUAUCGAAAGAGCCGUUUGGAUUGGAGGCAGAGGGACCAAGAUGGAAGCAAGAAAAGCUCGUCUCAAAAUGACCCCUCGGCGACUGUCGGCAAAGUCAGAGACUUGGCCUCGUUCCGUCGCCACUUCCGAAUGGGCUUCAUGACCAUGCCGGCCUCCCAGGACCUUUCCCCUCACUCGUGUGCCUCAGCCAUGGCGCCGCGCUCGCAGUCCUGCCACGCGGUCGGCGCCGGGGAUGCAAGUCUGGAGAACGGGGACUACUCCGACACCCAAUCUCAGCACGGCGGCCGCUGCCCGCCGGUCAAACCCAAGCGCCACCCUAGCACUCGCCUCAGCUCCUCGUCGGCUGACACCAGAGGACCUCCCGAGACGCCGCCGCCCCCGCCGCCUUCCUCCCACUCGCAGGCCAAGCACUCCGAGAAAAAAAAUGCCAUGAAGAAGUCCGACUCUGGAGACAUUGGCUCAAAAAAGGUGCCUCCUUUAAAACCCAAGAGAAGUCCCAGCACCCAGCUCUCCUUCGAUCCUCUCCCUCCACGUGUGCCUCAUUCUGCCGCAUCCCUCCCUUUCCAGGGAGCCGACUCUCAGAUCCAAACCGGAGCGGGGGACGAUGAGCCGGUCUAUAUCGAGAUGGUGGGGCAAGUGUUCACCAGAGAGAGCCAGACCGCCACCCCCCACCCCGUCACCCCGGUAGCCACCACGCCCGAUUCAGACUCGGACCAGAGCGAGGCCAUCUAUGAAGAGAUGAAAUACCCACACCAAGAGAACCGAGAAUCUCAGAGGCACCCGCCGACCAAACACGAGAAAAUGAAAAGUUCAAAGCAUUACCACGUCGCCCCGUCGCCCUCCAGCAGCUCCUCCUCGUCACUGCCACGCCCUUCCUCUUCCUCUCCUUCCUAUUCUAAACCCAAAGCUACGGUCUCCAUCUCUCAUUCGUCCCCGCUACCUUCCUCCGCAUCCUCCACCCCCGUGCCCCAGGUCCUAUCCACCAGCCCCCACACUCCACGAGCGCCGACUCCCUACCUGCUGCAAGGAAGCAAAUGUGAACCAGAAUCCAACACCAAGAUCCCCGCCCCGUUCCCAAAUCUUCUACAGCACCGACCCCCGCUGCUCGCUUUCCCUCAACCGGCGGCCGCGUCCAGCGGGGUGGCAGUGCAAAGCAAGGGUUCCUCGACUUCCUCUAAAAUUGGCUCUCAAACAUCCAGCGUGACCACUCAAGCUGGCACCUCCUCCUCUUCAACGUCCUCUAACAUUCCGACCUCAUGCUCCAAAGAGCCGUCGGGAGGGAGUGUCACGCCGCAAGAGAAACACAGCAGAGAUUCUCAGUUGGGACCCGCUCCCGGACUUCGAGCGAGGAGUCACUCAACGCCACUGCCCCCGUCCUCCAAAUCGACGUCACCUUUCUCCCAUCACCACCACCACCCGCACCACCGGCCCUCCCACUAUCAUCACUAUCGCAAGCCAGAGAGGGGAGACUCUCCGGCUCCACUCAAGAGCAGCUCUCAGACGUCCACCCAGGCCACCGUGCAGACCCAAACUUCGAGUACGGGCAAGGAAGGGAAAUCCGUUAGCUUCCUCUUGAAGACGGACAAAGGAGAGAAGGAUAAGGACAGAGACAAGGAGAGGGACAGGGAGCGAGACCGAGAUAGGGACAGAGGUCGAGACAAGGACAGAGAUAGAGAUAAGGACAGAGACCGUGACCGGGAUAGCGGUCCUCACUCUUUGCAACUGGAUCUCCUUCCUGCUACAAGCAGUCAAACAGCUCAAGGCAGCACCAGCUCAACUCCGACAUCCCUGUCCUCAUCCCACCGCCCUCACUCUCGUCCUCAUCUGCGCUCUCAUACCCCUCAUGGCCUGCCGGCAUACAAGCCGCCGUCCUCUGACAGCCCCCUGCUGUGGACGUACCCUUCCGGGGGCUUCCGCAGACCGCCGGCUUACGAGAGCUUGAGAGGAAACUCCCAGACGCCGUCCUUGCAGCAGCCCUCGAGCCUCACGGGCGUUGGUGAGGGCGGAUGCAAGGGUGGCGAAGGCUCUUCAUCGCUGCUGUCCAAAACUGGCUUCAUGCCCUGGGACAGUAGUGUGAGCUUCGCAGGCGACGAAGGGUCUUCCUGGCCCAUGCAGAGGAAAUUGUCCUUCAGCCAAGGGAGCCGAGAGACCGAGAAAGAAGAAGGACGGACAUGGAAUGGCAGCGCCGAUGCCUUAUUAAGGAUGGAUAAGGAAGAGUUGGGAAUGGGGUUCCGAGGAGGCCCCUCGAGCAUCCCGGUGCACUAUAGUGGCGCCGCAAGUAGGACCCUUGGUCACUGUGAGUCGCUGCUGGGUUCAGACAGCAACCCAGGAUUCAGAGCCCUGCCCAGAGUCGGGAUGCCUCUUCCCUGUCAGACGUUCCCCGCCUGUCGCAACGGAGAAGUGGGGCGGCUGGGCCGUUCCUCCUCUGCUGCUGGAGUGAGACAGGUGGGCGGAGGAGACGUCCAGAGGCAGAGCAGUCUACCAGCACGAGAAGCCCUCAAUCAGCUGCAUGGCCUGGCACAACCGCAAGCCUCCUGCGGCCCCAACAGUCCCGGCGUAUCCCGUCAGCAGCAGCAGCUGCAGCUCCACCAGCAGCAGUUGCAGUUAAAGCAGCAGCUCCAGCAGCUCCAGCAACAGCACCACCUGCAGCUGCAGUUCCAGCAGCUCGCCCAGUUGGCGCAGGGUCAGCCCGCCGCCGCCGGCGCCGGAGCCGCCUCGUCCGCCGCGCAGACCCAGAGAGACGGCAAGUUGCUGGAAGUCAUCGAGCGCAAACGCUGCCUCUGCAAGGAGAUCAAGGCCCACAGGCGCCCGGAUAAAAGCUUGUGCAAGCAGGACAGCAUGCCCAUCCUCCCGAGCUGGAGACGGACACCUGAGCCCCGUAAGACUGGCACGCCGCCUUGCCAAAGGCCGCAGGCCGUGGUGUGGGACACGGCUAUCUGACAGGAGGACGGUGAGGACAGCGCUGACGAGAGACACGGUCGAGCUGAAAGGGGGCGGGGGUUAUAUCAUUAGACGAGAGUAGAUGCGGGGGGGUCAGUAUUUUGUGUGACUUUCGUUGCAGUUGCACCACCUUGGUGACAGAUAGGGGGCAAAGGUGAGCGCAGCUGCGGUGUAAAAGGCAAACAGGGAUUCCAAUCUUCGUCUUUCCCUUUCUUUCUCUCCCGGUCCCCUGCAUCGUCUACUAUCACUCCCAACUAUCUGCAAGUCUUCCCUCAUCACAUCCAUAAAUCUCCUCUUCAUCUUCCUCUUUGCCGCCGACCAUUUCCAGCAUGUCUUCUGACACUUUGCUCAGUUCUUCAGCUCUUGUCCCCCCCCCCCGCCAUUGCUCCGUACAACUGAUUCCCAAGACCCAUGAAGUCCUCCACUGCUACUCCUUGUCACCUCGCCAUCCCAACGGCCUCCUGUUCACUCACACACACAUGCACCCUCUUGCUGCGACGGAUCUUCUUUCCUCAUCCAUCCGCCUCUCUGGGUUCUCACGCACCUGCCCCUUACAGUCACCGCACAUCCUGUCCGACCUCAUCCGUCAAUCUUUCCAUCGCCAGAUCAAACAGGGACUCCAAUCAAACAAUUGAAGUGUCCCACACUCUUCAUGAAAAAAAAAAAAAAAAUCGCGCUGGUUCUAAUUGCCAACAAUUUUGCCAUCGUUCUCCCUCCUGAUUAUGACAGCUUGAUAGGGUGAUAUCCGAAUUGCCAAAUUUCCUCCUGACUACUUGACGCAUCGAUUUCUUUUUUUUUUUUUUCUCUAAUGCACAGAGAGGAAUUAAACGAAGGCACCAGUCAGAAAAGAGCGACAUGAGCCCAACAUGUCAUGUUCUGUGGAUGAGCACACGUAAGACUCGUCGUGAAGUCAUUGAAGUGUUUCUUGAAAUUUGUCAAUGCAUACGAGAUGUCUUGGUAUCAGUAGAUUGUUGUCGUGGAUGCAAAUAAUAUCGCCGAGGUGUAAAAGCUACCUACUAUAUCUGUUCGCAUAAUAUUUGUAAAUCAAGUAACUUUCUCUACAUUUUUUGGGGGGUGAGGGACAAUUUUAUAGCAAUAUGCUCCCGGUGUGGUGGAGCGACAUAACUCGCGUCGACUUCUAGCCUAUAAACGUUACAUAUCUUAAGACUUGAAUGAGUCAUAUUUACUGUGUCAUCCUCUGCAUGUCACAAUAGACAUACAGUCCUGUACAAAUAUUGUGUAGAGAUGAUCAUGUUUGAAUUUUACAUAGAGCAGAACUUCACUAUGGUAACACACGGUUGUACAAAGUUGCUUUGUUUUGGUUUUCCCCGGUGUGACGCGGGGCGUGUCGAGCCACGUUUCGCUACAAAUGAAAGGGUACCCAAAAAAAAAAAAAAAA